UAAACGUAGUUCUCGGAGGGGAAAGCAGAGCACAAGAGAGCUGCGGAUGAAGAAAAUGGCGAUCACGCAGGAUGUAUGCUUACCCUCAUAGAUGCUGCAAACGCGUUGAAUUUCUUUAGCCUUACAGUCGGCUUUCCUUUCCACUCUGUUGCACUUUAUUCUUCAAAGAGAGAUUUGGAAUCGAAAGCUGUUGCCACCAAAGAAACUGAAGCAUCUUAACAGGGAACGCACCCAUAGAGGGAAGAACAGUGGAUGGAAGAGAGAGAGAGACGGAGAGUUUAAAAAGGAAGGAAUCCAGUAAGAAACAGGACUGGACUAAAGUGCCAGAGCACACCUGGCCCAGACUGAGACCCUAAUCAAAUCACCCCCCCACCCCCUCCCAUCCAUACAUCCACACACACAAAGUCCCCAGCAAUGCCAAAGGGGGCUGAUCAGCCUGCUGCCUGCUCUGACAAGCUCUGCCUCCUCACCCCACACCCUUGAGGUUGUGCUUUAGCAAAGUUUGACCACUGACCUCCCCCUUGUCGACCUGGGAACCAAAGGUCGCCUGUUCUCCACUGAGGUCGGGGACGCUCUCCUGUCCAGCCAGGAGCUGCAGCCACCAGCGUCACUCAAAGGCAUGGCUCCCAUUCGGGACUCCGUCAGCCAUUCCCCUAAUCAAACAGGUUUGGAGCAUCCUGGCUUGGAUUCGCAGUAUGAGCCCUCCCCCUGGUCCUCUGGCUCCCCGUGCAGCAGCGACGGCAACAGCAACUGGGGCAAAGUCCUAGUUGACGGAAGCUCUGACAAAUCCAAUAACACUUGUUCCCCCAGCUCCUCUGUCUGGCCUCCCUCCUCCUCCUCAUUUUCUUGCUCCUCAUCCUCCUCUGGCUGUGGCUCAGGGUCGGAUCCGGAGUUGGCAUCAGAAUGCAUGGAUGCGGAUUCUAGCUCUUCUGUGGGUUCAGAGAAGAACCUCGGCCUUGCUGUGACUACAGUGAUGAUGAUGUCAGCCAACGCUUCUUCCUCCGUCUCCUCUACAGCAUCUUCCCCCUCCUCUCUGACAUCCAACAUUAUGGUUGGUGUUGGUGUGAAUGGAGACAGCAACAGCAACCUUUGUCAGGUCGGAGGAGUGGGACCCUUAAGCAACGCAAACGAAGAAAACAUCACCGGAUCCUCACACUACUCCAUGGCUGGGUCCAGCAGUAUUGGCAGCAAUAAUAUGAGUAACCACAGCAACAAGCUAGUUGGCGGUGUUGUAUGGGGCUCUCAGUCAGGCAGCAACAUUAACACCAUCGCUGGAAGCAACUCUUUUCUAAAUGGAGGGUCAGACCCAAACAUUUUAAACCCAAAUGCCAACCAUGGUGCCUGGCCACAGAAUCCAACCCCAAACCCGGUGUGCCAGGGCCAGAGGCCUUCACAGGCUCAGGGGAUGACUUCCAAAUUGGGUGUGGUUCCUCAACAGGGGCCCUUAAUGGGCUGGGGUGGCAUGGCAGCUCCAGACAGCGGCAGUAUGAUGGAAGACGCUGAGGUGAAUAAUGGUACAUCGAGCAGCAAGGUGUUAGGAGGCAGCAGCAGUGGAAAUGGUAGCCUGCAGCCUAGCAACCUUAACACUGAACCCAAUGGACCAAAUAACACUAUCAUGAUGAUGAAUACUACUACUACUACUAAUGCCACAAUGACCUCUAGCCCACCAGACUCUACCGCCUCACCCCUUCUCAGCGGAGAUCGUCCCUGGGGUUCCGUUGGAGGAGGAAAUGGGGGGCCACCAGCCAAUGGAAACCCCGCAUUAGCUCCCCAGAACCCUCAAGGUGAACCUGGGGGUACUGGGGCUUUUGGUACCCCUUGGGGCACAGCUACCUACCCUGUAGACAAAGGCCCCUUAAAUGUAGACACUGUGAACCCCCAGAUCUCCUCUUCUGCUGCUUUUAAGAGUAAUAAUAACCACAAUAACACUGGGGCCCCCCGGUGGGACCAGGGGCCCACUAAUACCCCAAACCAGCCUCAAAGUAACUUGCCCUGGAGUAUUGGCUCUAAUCAAACCCCAGGCUCUACAGGCCAAGCACCAGGAAGCGGAAACCAAACUACUAUGGGCCCUCCAGCAGGGAUUCCUCACCCCUGGGGGAGCAGUGCAUCCUCUUCUUCCUCGUCGUCGUCUUCUUCCACCUCGAACAGCAAGACGUCAAAUGGAGAAUGGGGAUCGGUAACUACUGGUAACAACAGUUCAGAUGGAGGAGUUCCAAAAGGAAACGCUGCCAACAACGGGUGGAAAAGUCUUGAGGAUGAUGCCAUGGGCAUGGGAGGAGCUGGGGUUGGCGGUGGAGGUCAGGGCCUCGGAGGGGUCACUGGAGGCUGGGGUCGCUCUGGAGGAAGUGAAGGAAGCUGCGAAAGCUCCGGAGGUCGAUCCAGCUCCGACAGAGACCUCAAUCAGCCUAAAGGUGGAAACCGCAGGAAAGGGAACCACACCGCCUCGAUAAUAUCAGUUUUAAGCCGAGCCGACGUAGACCCGAGGGUCCUUUCCAACACUGGAUGGGGACAAACACCCAUACGGCAGAACACCGCUUGGGACGUCAAUUCUCCUGCGAACAAUCAGGGUCCUAAAGUGGAUGAAAGGAAGCAAAGCGGGGGAGGGGUAAACUGGGGCACAGCAACAACGGCAGCUCCCUCCCAGACCUCUGGAGGUUGGGGGGUUGGGCCAAGCAGCUCAGGCCCUGACAGUGGAGGAUCUGGCUGGGGAGAACAGAAACAGUCGUCAGGUUGGGACAGUAAAGGAGGAGGUGGCUGGGACGAUGGAUCCCGUUACAAGGGUGGGAACAGCAGCAGCAACACCUGGAGCAACAAUGUAAAAGAGGACAGGUCAAUGACAUGGACUAAUACACCUAAACCGCAGCAGGGCUGGGGUUCCAAUAGUGGAAAUGCUAGUGAAGGAUGGGGCAACAAUGGUGACUGCACCAGAUCAGGAGUCAGCAACCACUGGGGGGAACCUCAGAAGGGUGCGGGCUCAGUGGGCUGGGACAGCGACAGUGACCGCUCAGGUUCUGGAUGUUGGAGCGAGCCAAGCCGAAACACCGCCAGCAGCAGCAACACCUGGGUAGGCAGUGGAGGGUCAAAUACUCCCGAUCAGAGCACUCCAAACCCUGGCUCCAGCUGGGGAGACUCUGUCCACAAACCCAACUCGCAAAGCAGCGGCUGGGGUGAGCCAGGGAGGAACCAUCAUGGAGCUCAGAACUGGGGCGACUCCAACACUAAGGCUUCUAAUGAAUGGGGCAAAGGUCCUGACUCCAGCAUAUCCCGAGGAAAUCAAGGAUCCAACAAAUCCUCAGGGUGGCUUGGAGGCCCAAUGCCUGCUGUCGGUCAGAAGGAGGAAGCUUCAUCUGGGUGGGAGGAGCCUUCUCCUGAGUCUAUCCGUCGGAGGAUGGAAAUCGAUGAUGGGACUGCAGCUUGGGGAGAUCCUGGUAAAUACAGCGGAGGCGCUGUGAAUAUGUGGAACAGGACCACUCAGUCCGAUCAGGAUGCCAUGGGCCCGGCCUCCCAGAAUAAACCCCAGUCAGCACAUAACUCCAUGCAGCCUGUGCAACAUCUCAACCAAGACAAAACCUCUGCCUCAGGUUGGGGUGAGCCCUACUCCCAGCAGAAGGAGUCUUCAUCAUGGGGGGAGCCUUCAGCUGGGCCCCCUGUGACCGUAGAUAAUGGAACAUCUGCCUGGGGGAAGCCUAUGGACACCAGCGCCGGCUGGGAUGAACCCAACAAGGAUGUGAGAGAGUCUGGGUCAGGAUGGGGCAAUCAGAAUAAGCCUGGUCCUAAGCCCAUGGAGACAUGGGGGAGUGACGUGUCCAUGGGCAAUAGCUGGGAUCAGGAGGAGGAGGUAGAGAUCGGGAUGUGGAGCAACAACCAACAGGACAACAGGUCUAUGGAUCAGAACACCUGGAACUACAAGCAGAAAGGUCCCAAUAAGAUGAACAAACCGGUGAACAAACAGGACGACCCUUGGAUGAAACCCAUCAUCAACCAAUUAAACAGCAUGUCCUUCUCUAGAGACUCCCCUGAUGACUCCAUGAAGCCAGGAGCUGGCAUGGGGACAGACAAACGGAUGGACAUGGGCAGUAUGGGAGACUACAAUGGAGUCAUGGGGAAGAACCCAGGUUCUCGACACCAGUACCACAAAGACUUGGAUCGUUCUUACUUUGACAAGCUUUCUGCUUAUGAUAGCCCUGCUUCUGAUGAGCUCUCCGCCAAUCAAAGCAUGAGUCUUUCCCCUAGCAAUUCUGCUCAGCCUAUCCCCUGUUUCAACUCUGGGCCAUCCCCUUCCCACUCUAGUUCUGGGGCUGCUCUGCAGAAUGUAAACCCAAUGUUGGGUGGCGGCAGCGUAGCACAGGGGCGAGGAGGCCCCCAGUCCCAACCACCUCAGCCCAACCUUCGCAACCAAGUGCCUCCAACCAUCCUGCCCUCUCAGGUCCCUCCAUCUCUGUUGAAAUACCCAGGAGCUAAUGGUGGUUUGAACCCUCUGUUGGGUCAGCAUGUGGCUGUACUCAACCAGCUCAAUCAGUUGUCACAGCUCAACCACUUGCAGCGUCUUCUCCUGCAGCAUCAGCAACAGCAAAAGGUUCAGAACCAGAGAGCCAUGCCUGUGGGACGUCCGACUGAACCGACACGUCCUAUUGGUUCGUCUCCAUCGAUGAUGCACCCACCGCGGCACCUGGAUCCCUCCCUUCUGAAGCCGGCCCCGCAACUCAAAUCUUACCAUGAUGGCUACUUGUCCCAGAAUACCCCUGACCUACAGAAGGACACCUUAGGAUCCUUCAGCAACUUCCCCUUUGGCUUAAACUCUAACCAGAAUGUAACCAUGGACAUGGUCGUUGGGGGUGGAAGUAGCAGUGAUGGAGGAGCUAUGAACCACAAAGAGGCAUCCAGUUCCAAAAUGAGCAGACUCUGGGCUGUUGACCCCCUUGAGCAGAACAGCAAAUCUGGUGCUAUGCCGUCUGGACUCCGUCUGGACAACUCUCCCUUCUAUGAUUUCCUGUCGCCUGGCCCAUCUCCCCUGAGUCCUCCUGUUCAAUCAUUGGGCUCUGUGGGUGAUGGCUGGCCUCCCCGUGCCAAUUCCCCCCCUCCCCAUGGAAAUACUGUCACUUGGCCCCCAGAGUUCCGGCCUGGGGAGCCUUGGAAAGGUUACCCCAACAUUGACCCUGAGACGGACCCUUAUGUGACUCCUGGUAGUGUCAUCAACAACCUCUCCAUCAACACCGUCCGUGACACAGACCUCCUCAGGGACAGGAACAAUGGGCCAUCCUCAUCACUGAACACCACGAUGCCUUCUAACAGUGCCUGGUCAUCCAUUCGUGCCUCCAGCCACAGCGGUUCCCUCACCAGUACAGCACAAAGCACUUCAGCUAGACCCAGUGAAUCAAAGUGGUCUCCUGGCGGCGGUUCUGUGUCCAACUCCUCUUUAGCCCACGAGCUUUGGAAGGUCCCCCUGUCUCCUAAGCCGCUGCCAGUAGCAGCACCCUCCAGACCACCUCCUGGCCUCACUAGCCAGAAGCCCAGCCCUGCCUCCUCUGGCUGGGAUGGCUCUGCCCUGAGGCUUGGAGGUUGGAGCUCCUCUGAGUCCAGAUACACACCUGGCUCCAGUUGGGGUGACAGCAGCAGCAGCAGCUCAAGGAGAACCCAAUGGCUUUUUCUGAAAAAUCUCACACCUCAGAUUGACGGAUCUACGCUGAGGACUCUGUGCAUGCAGCAUGGCCCUCUUAUCACAUUCCACCUCAACCUGCCACAUGGUAAUGCCGUGGUUUGCUACAGCUCAAAGGAUGAAGCCGCCAAGGCCCAGAAGAGCCUGCACAUGUGUGUUUUGGGGAACACUACUAUACUGGCCGAGUUCGCCAGCGAGGAGGAAAUUAGCCGCUUCUUUGCACAAGGGCAGUCAUUGGCCACUCCCUCCUCCAGCUGGCAGCCCAUUGGUUCUUCUCAAAGCAGAAUGGAUCAGUCUCACCCCUUUUCCAGCCGCGCCUCUGAACCGAACCAGUGGAAGAGCGGCGACCUGCACAGAUCCUCUCUCUGGGGUGGGCCCAACUAUUCCAGUAGUCUGUGGGGGAGCCCCAGCAGCAAUGAGCCGGGGAGGGUCAGCAGCCCCUCUCCAAUCGGCUCCUUCCUCCCAGUGGAUCACCUGACAGGGGCCGGGGACUCCAUGUGAACCGCCUGUGCUCCAGACAGGCUGGGGAGAAGGGUCAGUAGAGAAUUUUCAAUAAUCAGCUGAAGAUACGGAAAGAAAACAGUAGUUAAAAACGCAAUGGCACUAGUUGGACUUUUUCUCACUUACAAGAUAUUCAACAAAAGCAGGGUUUCCCCUGUGGAAUACAAGUUACGUUUCUAUUUCUGCACAUAUGUCCACUUUGUUUUAGCCCAAAAACAUAUCAGUCGGAAUACUUGAAUCAUGCAGGCCAAUUCUAUAAUGUGAACGGUUGGAUAUUUGCUUCCAGGUAGUGCUCUUUCAGACCGAAAAAAGCUUCAGUCAAGUUCAUUAUUAAUAUUAUUAUAUAUUUUUUGUUUCAUUCGUCAUGUUUAUUUGAAUUCCAAUUCUUUUUUUUUCCAACAUUUUCAUUUUAUUUCUUUUUUUUUUUGCCAUGUUUUCUGACAAUGUUUGAGUAUGUGCUUUUUUUUUUCUUUUUUUUUUUUUUUAACUUGCACUGAAUGUGGUUUUUUUCUCAGUAUAUAUAAUCUGCAAUAUAGAGGGAGCAGCCAGUUUUUUCCAGUGUAGCUGUUUACUCAUUGAGGUCCUUAUCGUACGUGUGUGCGCGCGCAUGGAGUACUUUGUGUGUACGUGAUUGCAUUGUGAAUGAGUUAUGUGUGCGCUCCUCUCUGCCUUGGCACGCCUACCUUACUGCGUUGUUGUGGAGUUCAAGAUCAACAGAUAGUUAAAGAAUAAAAACCUGAUUAAAGGUGAUUAUCUGGUGAUAGAAAAAAAAGUGACAUUUAAAAGUAUUGCACCAAUUUUUGUUUUAAAACUAAAGAAAGUUGAGCUCUGCAGUGCAAAGGACUGUAGCCGCAGCUGGGACUAGCAAGCCCCUCCCGCUCUAAGAAAGUGGGUGGGGCCUAUCUAGCAAGCCCUCCCUGUCGCCCCCUAGUAGGAGCAGGGAGGGAACAGCACUUUCAGAAUAGGCUUUCAAUGUUUUUGGAGGUGCCACACUGCAACCUCUUGUUUACAAGACUUAGGAGGAAGAACGUGUGUCCAUUCUUCAUUUUAAAGAGAAGAUAAACUAAAAAGACAAAAAAA